AGAAAAACUUAUUCCUGCUUGUGCAGACGGAAAAAGGAUGACCUAUGUCAACCGUAUUCUACUAAGUGAGAUAGAUGCCUUUUGUUCUCAAGGUUAAAGAGAGAGAGGGGAAAAUAACAAGUAUCUGAGUCAAAAAGAGAUGAGUACAGUUCGUGUCCUUUCGUUCUCGCGUCGGAAAAUUUAGAGUAAACGAAAACGAAGUAGAGAGGCCAUUUUGUCAUUUGAUGUUCAUUUUAGUUCAGCUCAAGACCAAGAAGAAAUAUUUUUGGAAGGUGAAUACAAAUAAAAAUUGGGAUUUUAAAAUAUGGAAUCCCGUGGUGGUAAGGGCAGAGCACGUGGAAGGGCUCGUGGUGCUCCACAGGGAGGUGGACCACCAGGAGGAGCUCCUCGACCUGGUCCUCCUGGUCAACAAGGGCCUGGUGCCCAGGGACCUCCGCAACAAAACCGCCCACCUGGUGACCCAUGGAGUAGAGCGGCAGCUCCUCCUCAACAACAAGGUCCUCCUGCCGCCCAGAUGGGUCCGUGGGUAAGACCACAGAUGCCUACUCCAGCAGCCCCAGUUGUAGGUGCUGGAAGGGGAUCACGCUUUGGAGGUGGUGAAACAGGUGAAGUGUCUGCACCUGCAGAACAUGCCAGAGCUGUUCAAGGAGCAGGGGAUGGGGAGAAAUCUCGUGCUACAAGUAGUGGUGUUAGAGGCAGAAACCUAAAAUAUGAGAUAAUCCGUACGAAGCCGGCUGAUAUGCAGUCUAAAAAGGGUACAUCUGGACAGCCUAUUAAUUUGAUAUCAAACUAUUUCCCAAUGAUACAGGCAGGAAAAUUCCUGUUGUUCCAGUAUCGUGUUGAUUUUAACCCAGACGUUGAUCACACUGGUGCUCGCAAGAAGUUUAUGCAUAUAGCCCUGAAAGAUACCUUAAAUGGAUAUCUGUUUGAUGGAACCGUGCUAUACACAGCUGCACGUAUCCAGCCUGAUCCAUUGGAGAAGUUUGUGGAAAAUGAAGCAGGAGAAAAAGUAAGAAUUAGCAUCCGGAUGGUCAGUGAACUGGCGUGGGGUGAUUUCCACUACAUCCAACUAUUUAAUAUCUUAAUUAGGAAAUGUUUAUCAGCAAUGAAGCUCACUUUGUUACAAAGAGACUACUAUGACCCCCAGAGCCAAGUAAAUAUCCAUGAGCAUAAAUUGUCUCUUUGGCCGGGAUAUUUUACAUCCAUACGCCAGCAUGAAAACCAAGUCAUGAUGAACAUCGAAUUGGCUUUCAAAGUACUCCGGGACGACACUUGCUACAACAUGUUUUUGGACUGUAGAGGUCCGGAACCUAAAAAAGAGUUCCAGAGUAAAAUUAUAGGAUCGAGCGUAUUGACUUUUUAUAAUAAUAGAACAUACAGAAUAGAUGAUGUUGACUUCUCGCAAAAUGCUGAUAGUACAUUCCCGUUGAGAGAUGGCUCACAAAUGAGCUAUGCUCAAUAUUAUUCAGAGAAAUAUAAGAUCCAUAUUAGGGAGAAGCGUCAACCCCUUCUAGUGUCCCGUAGUAAGCCCAGAGAAAUACGAGCUGGAAUGCCCGAGGUGGUUUACUUGAUUCCAGAGUUAUGUAAACCAACAGGUUUAACGGAUCGCAUGAGGGAAAACUUCAGACUCAUGCAAGCGCUAGCCGAGCAUACACGAGUUGGACCAGUUGACAGGAUGAGAAAGUUACAAGAGUUCUGCAAGCGGUUCCUGGGGUGCGCCGAAGCAGUGACGGAACUCAAAAAGUGGGAUUUCAAGUUGGCAGAUCGCCUAGUACAGUUUCAAGGAAGAGUUCUUCCUAUGGAGACCAUCGUUGCCGCCAAUAACGCAAGGUAUGCAGCUGGACCGAAAGCAGAUUGGACCCGUGACUUACGGGCCCAACGAAUGUUCAACUCUGCAAAUAUGACCCGACUAGUUACGAUUUGUCCAUCGAGACAAAAGAAUGAAUGCCAGGACUUUUUACAAACCUUACAAAAAGCUGCUAGAGGCAUGCAAUGGGAUAUUGGCCGGCCAGAAAUCUUUGAUAUACCUGACGACAGAACAAAUACGUUCUGUACCGCUAUUGAAAAUGUGGCGGCAAGAAUGGAUCCCACUCUUAUCAUGUGUGUUUUGCCUACCAAUCAGGCAGACCGAUAUGGUUCAAUAAAGAAAAAGUGCUAUGUAGAUCGAGGAAUCCCGAGCCAAAUAGUACUAAGAAAAAAUCUGACAUCAAAAGGUGUCAUGUCAAUUGCUACUAAGGUAGCAAUUCAACUGAACUGCAAGAUCGGAGGAGCCCCAUGGAGUAUUGUAAUGCCUCUGUCAAAUGUGAUGGUAGUGGGUUACGACGUUUGUCGUGAUACCCUAAAGAAGCAGAGUAGUUUCGCUGCAAUGGUGGCUACCUUGGACAGAGCGAUGACUCGUUACUACAACCAUGUUACGGAGCAUCAAUUGCAGGAAGAGUUAUCUGAGAACAUUAGUGCGUUUUUGAUUGUUGCUUGUCAAAAGUACAAAGAAGUUAAUGGUAGAUACCCUGAAAGGAUAUUGAUCUACAGAGAUGGUGUAGGUGAUGGGCAACUUCCAUUUGUGUUCACAAUGGAAGUCGAGAGAAUAAAAGAAAAACUGACGAGUGAAAUUUAUAAAAAUGGGGAUUUAAAGAUGUCGUUCAUUGUUGUCUCCAAAAGAAUCAACACCCGAUUCUUUACUCCAAAUUCAAAUCCACCCCCAGGAACCGUUGUAGACGAUAUCGUUACCCUACCUGAGAGGUUUGACUUCUUUGUAGUAAGUCAAUGUGUCAACCAGGGAACAGUAGCUCCGACCAGCUACAAUGUUUUAUCAGACAAUAUGGGAUUAUCACCUGACCGUUUACAAAUGUUAACAUAUAAACUGUGCCAUAUGUAUUACAAUUGGAGUGGUACCGUCCGAGUACCCGCACCGUGUCAAUAUGCGCACAAACUUGCGUUUAUGACGGCUCAGCAUUUACAUCGUCCUGCCAAUAGGGCGUUGGAAACCCUCCUAUACUAUUUGUAAACUGGUGGUUAACCCAUGAUUUGGGUUUUCACGAAAGAAUUUUUGUUUUUUGUUACUUUUAUAUUUACGUUAGUUUAUAAAAUAGUUUUAAAAUUUGACAAAAAAAUUUUCAUAAUAUUUCCUUUUUAAAACAUUGCAUUAUUGCAUUUUGACACUGAAGAGCCAGAAAACUACAUAUUUGAGGAUCUAAGAAGCAAGUUUCACCAAGUCACUAAGUUAAAUGUAAAAAUGAUUGCUAACUACUGCAGUAUAACAGAAUGUUUCUCAAAUAGGUAACAUGAUUACAAGAAAGAUAUACAAGCCUAUUGAAUGAGUCCUCCGAAUAACGUAAGUGCUAGAUUAUUCGUUUUUAAAAGUAGAACAAAAAUUUUAAAAUUAUAAUAUUGGUAAAUUGUUGGCUGCGUUUAGAGAUAUUUAUAAACUUCGUUGGGUGCGUUACGAGGCGUAUAUCUCCCGUAUACCCCAUUUACCACUGUGCAUUAUGACACAGUCAACGCGCAACGCAGCCAACUGUUAGUGUAGUAUUAUGAGACGGUAAAAGUAAAUUACGAUAAACGCCAAACCUUGAGUUCAUAAAAAAUGUAUUCGAUUUUUGAAUUAAGAUAACGAUUCAUAUUUACUUAGACUUAGUGUAUUUUUUGUUAACGUAAAGCUUUAGGUUUAGAGCUUUUUUUUUGUUCUUUUCUAGUUUUAAGCAACUUUGUAACUUUUUUUAAGUGACAUGCCAUGUGAACAGGGCCUUAGGUCAAGAUAUAAACGCUUUUUAAGAUUGUCUUAAAACGGGAUCUUGAAAUUAAAAAAAAAUAUUCUGUAACUCAGUGGAGGUCCAGUAUAUUACUGUACGGAGAUGGGUCAGUUACAUAAUUUGUUGGUACUAGUUUUAAUGAAAGUAAUUUCAAGAUGUGAAUAAACGAAGUAAGCGGUUAUUUUUAUAUAUUGUUCAAAAUAAAAUUGCCAUGGAUAUUCAGCUUCUUUUUUCCCAUUUAUGCGAAACAUUACAUUACAAGAAAAAAGUAAAUAAUGUACUUAUACAUUUUGACAAUAUAACGAUUUGAAUUAGAAUCUGCAGCAAAAUUUAUUUUGACUAUAUGUUUUUACUAUAAAGAACAAGUCCCAGUCUUUUAACAUGUGACAAAAAUGUGACUUGGUAAGUUUUGCUUCUAGACCCCUCAUUUCUAAAAUAAAGUAACAUUUUCAAGAGUUCCUAAGUCAUUUUUUAAGAACUAAUACUUGUGAUAGGUCUUUUGUAUUUUAUUAACAUUUUAAUAGUUGUUGUAAUCUGAUUAUAUGUGAGCAAUUCCAAACGAUUUCGCCAAGUUUUGUGGACGAGGUUCUCGGAUUAGUACCAAAUUUUAGUAUGUUAUUGUACCUUAUUAAAAAAUAUUUUCAUGAGAAUAAUAGGCCCCUAGGUCUCAUAGGGCCUGAGAUAGGGGCCCUGAAAAGGCCUAAAAUUUACCUUUUAAAGGUUUUGAGCGUUAUUUUAAAAAUAACGCCCAAAUAUCGUAUUUUAAAAAUAACGCACAAAACCUUUUAAAAGUCAAUUUUAGGCCUUUUCAGGGCCCCUAUCUCAGGCCCUAUGAGACCUAGGGGGCUAUAAUUCUCAGGAAAAUAUUUUUUUAUGAGGUACAAUAACAUACUAAAAUUUAGUACAAAUCCGAGGACCUCAUCCACAAAACUCGGCGAAAUCAUUUGGAAUUGCUCAUGUACAUAUUACAAGUUCUCUUUUGUGAUAUUUUGCACCAUAGUUGGCAACCCUCAGUGCUAUUUUGAUGUGGCUGCUAUGAUAAGUUACUCUUUCAUAAUUUUCAAUAUUCAUUCUUGUUCCGCUGCCAUGAAAUCCUCUUUCGUAUACUAGUCUCGCAUAUGUCUCGGAUAUUGCAGUUUUCUUAUUUUGAUGGUUUCUUUUUUUUCAUUCACUUACUUAAUUUAACUAAAAAAUGAUUUUAUUAACGUUUCGACGUCCAAAUCAGAUACAAAUAUUUUGUAUUUUGACUUAUUUUCCAUUUAGAAUAGUUAAUUGCAAAAAUGCCACAAGGAAAUAGCUUCAGAGCAACAUUUCUUAUAGUUGCAGCGUUUAAGGUCUACACUUCUAUUCUGUAAUGUAGUGAUAAGCCAACGUAAUUCUUGUUACGUUCAGUGUAAAAGUAUCUUCAGUUUAUUUUGCUAUUUCUAUUCAUACUGUAAAUCCGUUUAUUAAAUUAGUUUGAUUUAUUAUCCCAGGUUUUUGAUAUGGUCAACAAAAUUCGUUUUUGCAGGUUUUUUUAUUCUGUACAUUUUUUAACUUGCUCCUCCCUUUCUCAUUGUUCCUUCCAUUGGCAUCUUUAUUAACAUGAUGGGUACUAUAUUAUAGAAGUCUCCAUAACAUUUAGUUUUCCAUUUGUUUUCGUCUUCGCAAUUUUAUUAAUAGUUACCACGAGACAGUAUACACAGGUUGAAGUGUUUGAGGUAUCUUUUGUUUUUUGUUAUAUGAACGUUAUAUUAAUUCAAAAAACGUAUAAUACUAUAGAUGUAAUUUUACAGUUAUAAGUUUCUCACUGCCUAUGUCAGAUGUUGAUAACAAGUAUUUUAAUGGAUAUAUCAACUUAUUAAUGUUAGUUUUACUGCGAAUAGAUGGUAAAGGUAAAUUACGAUAAACGCCAAUCGUUGAUUUCAUAAAAAAUGUAUUUAUCCGAUUUUUGAAUUAACAACGAUUCUAUUGACUUGGGACUUCAGUGUAUUUUUUUGUUAACGUAAAGCUUUAGGUUUGUAAAAAAAAUUUUUUUUGUUCUUUUCUAGUUUUAAGCAACUUUGUUAACUUGGAUCCCGUUCAAGUGAUAAGCGCUUAACGCGCGUUAUCAAACUGCGCGUUGAGCGCUUGCUAUGUGAACGGGGCCUUAAAGUCGAGAUAUAAACGCUUUUAAAGAUUGUCUUAGUACAGGAUCUUGUAAGGUAUUAUGACUCAGUAAAGGUCCAGUAUAUUACUGUACGGAGACGGGUCAGUUACUUAAGGCUGCAUAUACAUUGGAUCGGUAUUUCUCUGAUCCGAUCCGACGUGGGAUUGAGAACAAACUCAAGGUAUUAAAGCGUAAAUCUCCCGAUAUCGGAUCAGGCUUCCCACUGUGGUGUAGGUACUUCGCUUUAAUACUUUGAGUUUGUUUUCAAUCUGACGUCGGAUCGGAGAAAUACGGAUCCAAUGUAGGUGCUCACUAAUUUGUUGGUAUUAGUUUUAAUGAAAGAAAUCUCAAGAUAAUGUGAGUAAAUGGCAGACGAAGUGGUUAUUUUUAUAUAUUUUUCAAAAUAAAAGUUAAGAAAGAUAUGAAAA